AAGGAUUUAAUCCUCGAAACUUUUCCCGCUAUUUUUGGGCAGCUGGUACAUUUGCGUUCUCUGAUCAUUCGUUUGGAAACGAAAAUCUAAACAACAAAAAUUAAAGAGACUAAAUAAAAUUGCCAAACACUGAAAUGGUGUGAUAUUGAAAUCUGCAAGUCUGCGAGUGUCAGGUACAAGAGCAAUUUUUAUAGUGCUGCAAAAUUCCACAGACUUCACAAAAUUGAUAAAGAAUAACAAAAAUGGGGGACGGAGCGAUAAAUGAAAGUGAGUGGAAACGCCCGAACGAGGUUAUGCAGUUGGUUCGACUGAAAAAUAGAAAACGGGCGCUUCAAGCUCGUAUGAACAGAACUGCUCCAGUCAAUUCAGAAACUUGUCAAAAAUGGAACGUCCUAGAGGGAAAAAGUGUAGAAAUUUCGGGCGGUCAAAAACGCAAAAAUCCUUUUGCAAUGAGCCAGAGUAAAAAAAAGUCGAAAGACGAAAUAUCAACUGAAUUGGAGACGAGCAACGACUCAGUGCUUUUCGAACUCAUGCAUAGCCGAAACACGUCCCAAGCCCAAGAUAAAGCAGAAAUUCCUUCUGUUAUUCCGAACCAUAAGCCUUUAUCGUUUGAAAGUGUUUUGACAAAACUUGAAGGAGGAAUAGUGGAUGAUCCCACUGUCGAAGAAGAAACUGAAACUUUCAAAGGUCUCGAUUAUUUUCCUGUUGACUGGAGCCUCAAAACAAAGAUGAGAAUUAUGUCUCCUAAACCUUUUUCUUGGAAUGGAAAACCCAAAACAAGCGAAGAAGCCUCAGGAACAACAGGAUUUGUCAGAUGCGUAGAUAUCGGCGAACAAGAGACUACUCUUGACACGAGUCCCAAUGCAAGGUUUCACCAAUGUUGUUUGGUCUGGCAGCAUCCCUCCCUACCCUGGCUUGAUUUGUUUCCUCGCACAGCAGGCAAAGUCAGUGCGAGCAUAGCGAGUAAUUCAGUAAUAGCUCAAAAUCAAUUUAUCAAAGACGCUCUCUUCGCCGAAUGGAGCGAGAGCUUCAGAUCGUUGUUUCAUUUGCUCAGAGCAAGGCAGUGUCCCUACUUUUAUGUUUGCACCAAUACAUUCACAGUGCUUUAUCGUGCUGCUGGCAUUUGUGGCCUUUCCGAAGUGCACGCUUUUCUUACACCAACGACAAGAGGUUUUAGACAAGCACUGAAACAAGAAGAUAUAGAAUAUACAAUGCCACUAAGAAAAGAUGGUGGUAAAAGACGAUCGGACGUAACGGACUCAGGAUGCGAAACCCUCGACUCUUGUCUAUCUGAGCCUACGACAACGACCGACGAAAUAGUACAAAAUGAGGAUGACGAAGACAACGAAGAACAAUGGCUGCAGAGUCUUGGGAUUGCAGAUUCGGAAAUCCGGAGAAUCAACACCUUGCAGGCAAGGAAGGAGCUGGAGAAAGAGAGUGAGAUCGACACGUUGAAGCAAUCGCUCGUUUUUGUAAAAGGAGUCGAAGCCCAAGCACUGUUUAAUUUUUUGAUCAAUUGCAAAUCUGCAGUUGCAACGACGGGUGCUCUCGCCGGAGUACCUCCAACACUUUUGUCACCGGUGGCUUUUCAUGGUGCAACUCUUCGACCUAUCAAAGUACGCGAAAGUAUUGUAAGAUUGGAGAAGGAUAGAUUUUAUUCCCUCGAGCUGAGAGGGCCUCUUUUACCUCACGUUUUACCCUCUAUCUGUAAUCUCAUGAGGUCCAGCCAGUUGGAUCGAUUCACCAUAAGCUCUGCUCAACUUUCAGCGACGACCUCCUUUUCUAUCGCUGGACACGGUCAAGAAGAAACCAAACCAGAGAAAACGGAAAAAGUGCCUCAAAGUGUGUUCGGCCAAGAGAACCUGAGUGAUUGUGGAUUCAGCAAACAAUUAUUAUCACAUUUUUGCAAUCCUGAUCCACGACGUAUUCAAAUUUUGGAAACACUCAAUUUUUCAAAUGACAAAUACACGUGGUCUUGACCUGACGUCGAAGAGGAUUAUAAAAUUCGUUUGAAAGUGCUCCGAGUUUCAAAAGCGCCUCGUUCGGUGUGUGCUCAAUGUUUGAACAGUGUUGAAAUACUCUGCGAUUACGACAGUCGUUCACGUUGAACGAGAACAGCUCACUGGAUAAGUUAUCGACACGUAUCGAAAUAUCCCACUGAAAAUGCAGUAGUUUCCUUCACUGCCGACUGUCUGUAGAUAAAUUUCUAGUUCAUUAUCACAAGAUAUCGAUCUUCUGUAUCGUCCAUCAAUAUUAUCAAAUCUUCGUCAUUAAUUUGUCGACCGAUACUCAAAAAACUCGUUCGGGGAAAAAAAUGUUUCUUUCAAGAAAUAACGAGCCAGCGAACUUUGUUCGUUUAUCGAUUUCAGUGAUUUUUAAUGAAACAGCACAAACGCUAAAGAUUUCCAACCAUUCAUCUAUCAUUUUUUCCCUUUCUCAACGAGAACAUUAUUUCAAUGAACAAGCAAGAUUUGCAAACCCCUCGGCGUUUCGAAUUCAAAUGUAUUUUGCACCUCGAACCUGUUUUGAAAUGGAAUUUAGACAUUUUUUAAUCACGUAAUUUAGGUAAUUCCAGUGUUAUUUUUAAAAUAAUUUAUCAUGACUAUUCUCCAUCGUUGUCCAUCGAAAUGUGGACUGAAAAACUUCACCGGAUCAUAGUUACAAAGACGAAGACGUUUGAUCGGCGGAAUUGCGUACUAUUAUUCACUGUUUAGACAAUCGGACUGAAAAAAAUCUAGUCAAACGAACGUGUAACUAUCUGAGAUCACAAUGCUUUUUCGUAUUCAUUCAUUUUUUAAUCUCCUGAACAUCAGAACCGACGUUUCAAUUUUUUACUCGCAAGUGAAUUUGUUAACUCGUUUUGGCGACUACUUUACAUUUACUGAUAGUAAAAUCGAAAAAUAAAUGAACGCCCAUGUGAAAA